AUGGGAUCAUUUAAGAUCUUCUUAGCAGUAUUUAGCUUCAUUCACCUUGUAAUCUUCUGGCCAUCUGGAGCUCAAAACUCAAAACAGGAUUAUCUCGAUGUUCAUAACGCAGCUCGUGCCCAAGUUGGUGUUGGCCCGAUAGCUUGGGACGACACGGUGGCCGGCUAUGCACAUGACGUCGCCAAUUACACGAAAAAAGACUGCAACUUAAGGCGCUCUGGGGGCCCUUACGGUGAGAACUUAGCUGAAGGCAGCGGAGACUUGACGGCCAGGGAUGCCGUCAAUCUGUGGUUAACGGAGAAGCAAUUCUACGAUUACAACUCCAACACAUGUGCUCAAGGGCAGGCGUGCAGCCACUACACUCAGGUGGUUUGGAACAGAUCAGUCGGUCUGGGCUGCGCUAGGGUUCAAUGCACAAACAAUGGUUGGUGGUUCGUGAUUUGCAGUUAUUACCCCUCUGGCAACUAUAUUGGUCAGCGUCCUUAUUUGCAGUUAUGAUCUCCCUGUCUAGAUGUGUUAUCUUUGUCUUUCUCAGUGCUUA